AUGGAAAUGAAGAGCUUUUUCAUAUUCUAUGUGGUUUUGUUGCUUAUCUCAUUCUCUGUUAUACAUAUUAAUCAUGCUGAUGGUGCUGGUCUUAUAAACUACAUUGUCAAUCCUGCUAGGAAGUUACUAGUCCUACCUGAUAUUGGUGAUGAUGUUGGUGAUGGUAUAGGAAAUAUUGGUGAUGGUAAUGACAAUGAUGGUAAUUUUGGUGGCGAUGAUGGUGAUGGUGAUGGUACUGGUGGAUUUAUAGGUAAUGUUGGUGAUGGUACUGGUGGAUUUAUAGGUAAUGUUGGUGAUGGUAAUGGUGGCGAUGGUAAUAGUACUGGUGGCGAUGGAUCAGAAAACAGAAUAGGUGAAGGUACAUGUUCAAAUAACUUCAUUCAAGUGAACCAAGGUCCAUCAGCAUCACUUCCUAGUGGUAUUCCAACUUACACUGUAAUUGUGUUAAACGCGUGUUACUCAGGGAGUUGUAGUAUUUCCAACAUUCACUUGAGUUGUGGUUGGUUCAGUUCAGCUAGGCUUAUUAAUCCGAAGAUUUUUAGAAGACUGAACUAUAACGACUGCCUUGUUAACGAUGGACAGCCUCUCGCUGCUGGAGAAUCACUCACUUUCUCAUAUGCAAAUACGUAUCCUUAUAAACUUGCUGUUUCUUCCAUUGUCUGUUAAGUUAGAUGGACUGUGUACUGUAAAAAUCUAGCUUCUUUUGGUAUGUUAUAGUAGUGUUAACUUGUCUA